AUGGCACAACCAAAAGUCCUCAUAAUUGGCGCCGGCAUAACGGGUCCCGCAACUUCCCUCCUCUUGCGCUCCCUCGGCCUGCAAGUCUCAAUAUAUGAACUCCGUCCCUCCCCCUCCCCUCUCGGUGGGGCAAUAAGCCUCGCCCCGAAUGCCCUCCGCAUCCUUGACAAACUCGGCGUCUACGAAAGGUUGAAAACCCUGGGCUGCAGCGUAGCGAUAACGCAAGUAUUAUCAGCGGGUACUGGUAAAGCUUUGGGCAGUUUGAGUUUCGGAGAUAAGUCUCUGCACGGAUACGAGAGUCUACGCAUACCCAGGCGGGAGUUACAAAAUGUGCUCCUGGAGAGAGCGAGGGAACUUGGCGUUGAAGUCGUAUUCGGGAAGAAAUUGGUGGAGGUGGUGGAACAGGAGAAUGGGGUAAUUGCAAAGUUCGAAGACGGGGGAGAAGAAGGGGUGAGGGGGGAUUUGCUCCUCGGCUGCGACGGUAUACAUUCUGUCGUUCGGAGUAGGCUGGUGCAGAGUGAUAGACUCCUCGUGUAUACUGGAGUGGCGGUGUCCUAUGGUGUUGUUAAGAAGACAGCACUCACAGCGCCGAUUCCUUUCGAUACGACUGGGUUUUUCAAUGGAAGGUGUGGGUCAAUUAUCGCUAGUUAUUGCGAUGCGGCCAUGACAGAGGUGUAUUGGGCGGCUGUUAUGGAGGUUCAGAACCAAGAGUCGAAGGAUGGGUGGAAGGCCGUAGGUGAAGAUAGAGACGCGGUAAAGAGGGAUGUGCUGAAGAGAUUCGAAGGGAGCGCUGUGGGGUGUAUUAAGGAGCUCAUUGAGGAAUCCGAAGACGUCUACUUAUACCCUGUGUGGAAGUUGGGACAUGGCGGGAACUGGCAUUCCAAGAGAUGCGUGCUGCUUGGGGAUGCUGCUCAUGCGAUGCCGCCUCAUGGAGGAAGUCAAGGCUUCAGUCUUGCAUUAGAAGACGCAGUCAUCCUUGCUCGCCUCUUCGAGAAAGAAGGGCUAGACGACCUGGAGAGGGUAUUUGUCCGAUUCGAAGAAGUCAGGAAGCCAAGGGUGGAUAAGAUUUACAUACAGGCAAACAAGAAUUGGGAGGGUAUCAAGGACAUCGGAUGGUUUGCAAACAUGGUCAAAGAGUUCUUUAUGUGGAUUUAUCUGAUAUUCUUUGCAAAAAGUGUGGAGGAGUCCUAUAUGUAUGAUCCGCAUAAAGUGGAGAUAUAGUUCCUUCUAUACCAUAAUUCACCUUGUUUAAUGUCAGUAA